AUGGGCACGAAACCGGUUUACGUAACGUUCAGCCAGCUCGCCAACAACCAGGCCCUGGCUACAAUCACCAUGAACAGCCCAAAGGCCAACACGUUCGACUAUUCGUCGUUUGUGGCCCUGAGCGACGCCCUGGCUGAGGUCGAAGCGGCCCCGAACGUGCGCGGCCUCGUUCUGCAGUCCGGCCUGGACAAUAUCUUUUCGGCUGGGUUCAAUUUCCCAAUAUUCCACAAUAUCUCUCGUGACGAGUUCCUGCGCCUCUGGGUGCUGGGCAAGCAAAUCUACCGCCGCAUCCACGCCAUGCCGGUGCCAUCGAUCGCAGCCGUAAACGGGCACGCCUUGGGCAUGGGAUGUGUGUUUGCGCUUGCCUUCCAGAGCCGCUUCAUGGUGGCGGGCAGAUCGACGAUCGGGCUCAACGAGGUGGCAGUCGGGAUGUCGGUGCCAGAGUGGCUUGCGGCGCGGUACCGCGAUCUGACCAGCCCACGCACUGCCGAAAAGAUGCUCCCGCUGGGCCGCACCCUAACUGCACAGCAGGCAAAGGAGGCCGGCCUGGUUGACGAGGUGUUCGAGACGAAAGAGCAGAUGCAGGCCGCCAUUGUGAGCCACAUCGAGGCUGCUGCCAAGUUCCAGCCGCAGGCCCAGGCCGACACCUACCGCAGCCUGCGCCGCGCGCACCUGAAGCUGUUCGAUGAGAGCUUUGAGGCUGACAACGCCUGGUGCUGGGCCAUGGUCAAUAACCCGGCCACCCAGCAGGGGCUGGCGGAGGCGCUCAGUCGCCUAAAGUCCAAGCCAAAGAAGUAA